AUUUUAGUUAUCGAGUCUUUUUGUUCUUGUUCUUUGCCCAAAACAAGCUCGAUUGCUCAAGAUUAUAUAUGAAUGCAAAAGGGACCCUCCCCCGCAAAACACACACACACACACUCACGAACGGACUUGCAGCGCAUCUGACGACAUUCAUUCCCUGGGUGUGUCAUAUCGAUACAUAGCGCUUUGCUGAGUACAGUUGUAAAAAAGUUAUUAAAAGUCGAGAAAGAACGUACGAAAUCUCUCAAGUUGCUGAAAAGCAAGGUUGACCAACCUCAUUCAACAACACAAGAAACAACUCUCAACACACACACACAAGAGAUUGUUGAAGGCUCAGCAUAAAAUCGAAUUGGAAAAAAGAAAAGGAGGAGGUGAACAGUGUGGUUGGGCUUUUUCAACAUUUUGAACAACUCCUUUACUAUUUGGCACUGCCCAUUACUUCCCUCGCACGAUUCGUAAAAUACCCCGCACUGUCCCGAUUGACGUGCGCUGCAUUUGACAGUGGAAAAGCCCUGAAAGCCCAAUAUUUGACAUCGCGUUCCCCCUCUUACAAGGUUGCAACUCUGGUUAAAGGUGCUUUGUCGUUUUUCUGCGCAGUAUCGAAAACGGAUCUGUCGACAGUGCUCACCCAACAUUGCUCUCGUGCAGCCAACCAUCUCAUGUUUCGCUUCUUCAAAUCACGCAAGGCUCAGUCGAGCAAAGUAGAGUCGGCCCAAUCAGGUUCGACCAAAUCAGGGCCAGUGACGGUUAUCGAAGCAGCUGUCAAAUCCGCAAACCCAACACCCUCCAUUCCAAGUUUGCAAAACAUCACUGUCCAGCCUCCGGAUUCAGCCGAAUCACUAAAGAACUCAUACAAGACCUCCUCGUUGCCAUCCUUUACUACGGACAAGUCUGCAUCCAAUGGGCUCCAGCAGCAGCCCAAUAGCGCCCGGCGCGAGUGGCGUCAGAGGAGGGCAUCUCUCAUGGUUGUUCCUCCUCCUACCCCAGCCCCCACGCCACCAACUCCGACCUCGAAGCCUGCUCCUGACAUGAAACAAGCGAAAGCCCGACCUCUUUCCGCAAUUGUGGAACCUUCCAGGACGAGAACUGGGACAGCUGGCGAAAAUCCACAUCACAGGCGCCGCAGAUCAUCUGUUAUUGAUCCUUCGACUUUGAAAUUUCCGGAACUAAAUAAGAGUACCGACAUGACUCUCCGUGAGAAACCGACAUACACCCGGGCCGAUUCUGCUGUCUCCCUCGUAUCAUCCUCCCAAAGUUCCAACGACGACAACGAGAAUAUCGCAUUGGGUCUGCUGUCAAAAGCAUCACAUUUCCUACCACCGGCGCUAUCUGCUGACAAACAGAGACGACUGAGCCAAAUUCCAGCCAUUCCACCCGCUCCUAUGCCACCCACCAUGACUCCGUUUCCGCAGCUGGCGCUCGAAGACGACGAUGAACUCCCGUUAUUCAUUGUUCAACAGGGUCUCACUGACAAAAGCGGCAAACGCGGACUACAAUCUACUACUUUAUCCACCAAUACUGACAAGCCAAAGCAUCGCCGCCAUUCUCGAACUUCAUCUUUUCACGCCGUCAAUGUAGAGUCAGCAAACGCUUCAGUUAAACGUAGCAGAAGGUCGAGCAUGUCGAGCAUGAGUUCGGACUGCGUCAAAGUGACGGUUCCUCAUCAGAAUUAUUAUAUGCCGAUGCAAUGUUCUCGAGCGUACGGUCAGCAGCGGACGACAUUUGUAGAUCUCAACGCAGAUAUUCAGGCAUAUGCACCUCUUCUUGCGCAGCAAUAUGGUUCUUGGAUGGGUACUGUGGGGAUGGUGAAGCAAUGAUUUUAUAAUUGUAAUUAUGCCAGCAGUGAUUGAAUUUAGGGAUUGGCUUUUAUCUUUCAGUAUAUAUUGCAUCCAAGUAAUAGAUCGCUAUUAGGUUGUUCAUAAACAAACCCCUUUAUUGUUCUCCUUGUGCGGUAAUCCGCCACCUUUCUCAUUCAGAAUAAAAC